AUGGUAGCUCGCCCUGGGGGGCGCGUCCGCCGGAAAGCUCCUGCGUGCUCGCUCCCGUCCGGGACGCCCGCCCCGCCCCGCCCCGGAGCCGUCUCGGUGUCUCCGGCGGCAGCGGCAGCCGGAACUGUGCUGCGAUCGGCGGUCCGGGCCUCCGCGGAGUCGCGGUGCCGCUGUGCCUUUCUGCCCCGGUCCCGGUCUUUGCGGAGGGACCCCGGCCGCCGGGCGGCCGCCGCGGUGCCGAGUCGGCUCCUGUCGCGGGGUCGCGUGCGGGUCUCCCCGGUUGAGGAUGUGACUGCUGGACUGGGGCUCCCGGGUCCCCACUGUGGGAAUAAAGGUUACUGUAUAGUCCUUUCUCUCCAAGGAGCGGACAGUGGUGCGUCAUCAUCUGGAAGCGUGUCUGGGGUUGCCCCUGCCCCCCCUGCGGGGGGCUCGCGCUCUUCCUCCCGGAACUUAGGGCCCUCAGGGGCUGAGAAGGAAGAAGGCAAGAAGGUGCGGCGGCAGUGGGAGUCAUGGAGCACAGAGGACAAGAACACUUUCUUCGAGGGACUGUAUGAGCAUGGGAAGGACUUUGAAGCUAUUCAGAACAACAUUGCUCUGAAGUACAAGAAAAAGGGGAAGCCUGCAAGCAUGGUGAAGAACAAAGAGCAGGUUCGGCACUUCUACUACCGCACCUGGCACAAGAUCACCAAGUACAUUGACUUCGACAACGUGUUCUCUCGAGGGCUGAAGAAGUCAUCUCAAGAGCUAUAUGGCCUCAUCUGCUAUGGGGAGCUCCGCAAGAAAAUCGGGGGCUGCAUGGAUGACAAGAACGCGACGAAGUUGAAUGAACUCAUUCAGGUUGGGGCCACCACAGUACGUUACAAAGGGAGAAAUCUACGGAUCAAAGCACCCAUGUGCCGGGCCCUCAAGAAGCUCUGCGAUCCUGAUGGCCUCAGUGAUGAAGAAGACCAGAAGCCAGUGCGCCUGCCCCUGAAAGUUCCUGUAGAGCUUCAGCCACGCAAUAACCACGCCUGGGCUCGAGUGCAGAGCCUUGCCCAGAACCCACGCCUCAGGAUGAUCGUGGAGCUACAUCGGAAAGUGUCCAGCCUCAUUGAGUUCCUGAAGCAGAAGUGGGCACUCCAUGAAGUGCGAAUUCGGAAGACACUAGAGGAGCGGCAGCUGCAGGGCUCCAGCACGGCGCAGAUACAGGAGAAGGUGGCACUGCACCUGUUCCCAGGCGAGAACUGCACACUGACGCCGCUGCCCGGCGUGGCCCGUGUGGUGCACUCUAAGGCCUUCUGCACGGUGCACUGGCAGGAGGGUGGCCGGUGCAAGCAGAGCACCAAGGAUGCCCACUCGCUCCCCCCAGCCCAGAUCCUGGGCAUCCAGAGUGGGCAGGGCACCGCUCGGGGCCAAGUGAAGUGCCCGAGGGGUGGUGCUGAGGGCAAGGGCGGGGGGCGCCCCCUUCCCACUGCCGACGCGUCGCCGCAGAGCUCUGGAGAGAGUUCCCCUGAGAGUGCCCCUGGGGAGGGGGCCGCCCCGAGUCUGAGCAGCCCGGGCGCUCCCGACGGGCCACCUCAUGGGCUCCAGGACUGCGGGCCACACCUCGAGAAGACCCCUGCAGCGGGCGGGGAUGCCCCCAUCCGGGAGCCAGGGGUCCUGCCCUGUGCCUGCAGUCAGCUCCCAGACCUGGAAGACGAACUCUCACUCCUCGACCCUUUUCCCCGCUAUCUGAAGUCCUGUCAGGACCUCAUCAUCCCGGAGCAGUGCCACUGUGCCGACACGCAGCCGGGGAGGGAGCGCCCUCCCAGCAGGCCGGCCUCCCCCGAGGCGCUGGCUCCCUGCAACAGAGAGCCCGCUGACCUUGUCCCCCCCGGCAAAGACUCCCAGCCUCCCCCGGGGCUCCCGCCAGACGCUUGCACUAAAGACCUGACAGAUGCACCUGCAGAGGAGCCCCAGGAGAAGGGGAGUCCCUCGGAACUUCUGCUGUCUCAGGGACAGCCUGCCACCAGGCCCCCAAAGGAGGUCCCCGCCAGCCAGCUUGCCCAGCAACUGCGGGAGGAGGGCUGGAGCCUGCAGACCUCUGAGAGCCUCACGUUAGCUGAAGUCUACCUCAUGAUGGGCAAGCCGAGCAAGCUACAGCUGGAAUACGACUGGCUGGCUGUGCUUGGUCCUGAGGGCCGGGUGCCCACCGGGCAGAGCCAGGCUGCCCACCCUGGCUCCCCACCUCCUGCCCUCCACCAGCAGCGCCUCCUCAGCUGCCUCCUGAGGCUCAUCUCCACUGAGGUCCAUCCCAAGCUGGCUCUGGAAACAAACACCGCAUCUGCCGCCUCAGUGAGGCCCACCCCGGAGGAACAGUCCACACCGCCCCCCGGGAAGGUGGUGGCCCUCAGCUCGCGGAGCCCUCGCUGCCCUCGAAGCCAGUCUGCCCUCCGCAGCAGUAAGACCCUCCCUUCUGGCUGUGCACCCUGCUCUCCAGGGUUAAGAAAUCCCCCAAGGCCCCUUUUGGUGGCUGGCCCCUCCAGCACUGGGAGCAGUGACUCAGAUGGUGGCCUCUUUGCCGUGCCCACAACUUUACCACCCAACAGCCGACAUGGGAAGCUCUUCUCUCCCAGUAAAGAAGCAGAACUGACUUUCCGGCAGCACCUGGACUCCAUCAGUAUGCAGUCUGAUUUCUUCUCACCAAAGCCCAAGAAACUGCGGAAACGGCACCUUCGGAAGCCAUUGGUGGUCCAGAGAACACUGCUUCCUAGGCCAUCUGAAAAUCAGUCCCACAAUGUGUGCUCUUUCUCCAUCCUGUCCAAUUCUCCCAUAGCUGGCAGAGGCUGGUUCCGGCCCAUACAGUCCUCUCUGGCCAAAGCAGCUCUGUCUCGUCCCAUUGUACCCAAGGUCCUUCCUCCCCAGGGCACCAAUCACCUGGCCAGUGCAAUCGACUUAGCGGCUCAAAGUGCUGGAAUCAUCCCAAGGAGCCAGCUGCCAGUCUUGGAUACCAAGGGCUCGCCUGGGAUUCCCUCACUGACUUCAGAGGAGGUGACUCCCACGGUCUCUGGGCAGGACUCAGUCAGACCCCACCAGAGUGGCGGGGCCGUCCCUGCUGUGGGGGGCACGAACGACCCAUUUAUCAGCGUCCCCCUGAGGCCAGAGCAGGAGCCAGUGACAGACGGUUUCCAGGGUUCUUCUGUGCUCUCCUUACCUGAACUACCCAAGACUCCUCUCCCGAAUGGUCUCUCCACACCUCUGCCUUCAUCAGAAGGCUCCAGCACCCGGCUCUCCCCACCUAAUGUCUCUGCACUGCUGGACAUCUCCCUGCCUGGCCCACCCGAGGAUGUGCUCUCUCAGGGAGAGCCCACCACGCAGAUCAGCGACUCCAUCAUCGAAAUCGCCAUUAGCUCGGGCCAGUACGGUGAAGGAGUCCCUCUUUCUCCAGCAAAACUAAAUGGCAGCGACAGUUCCAAGAGUCUUCCCUCCCCAUCUAGCAGCCCCCAGCCCAACUGGAUUGCCUCUCCCACCCACGACCCCCAGUGGUACCCCAGUGACUCCACAGACUCUUCGCUCAGCAAUUUGUUUGCUAGCUUCAUUUCCCCGGAGAAGAGCCGGAAGACGCUGCCAGCUACCAUGGGGGCCAACAGUGGCACUUCUUUGCUUGGCCCCAGCUUGUUGGAUGGAAACUCCAGGGACUCUUUCGUGUCCAGGUCCCUGGCGGAUGUUGCAGAAGUGGUAGAUUCCCAGCUGGUGUGCAUGAUGAACGAGAACAGCAUCGAUUACAUAUCUAGGUUCAAUGACCUGGCCCAAGAGCUGUCCAUCACAGAGCCAGGCCGCCGAGAGGUUCUCUUUGAUGGUGGUGGAGGUGGACCCCCUGUUGGCGACUUCUCCCAGUGACUGUGCCUCAUGGAGAGGGCGUUCUGUAUGAUGCAGGGAAAAGCUUAUGGGGCUGAGGUUAUCCUCACUUUUGACAGAUGAGACCUUCCAACUAGAGGAAAGCAAGUCAAGCCCAGAGUCCCUAAAGAUUGUCAGCACAGGGCACCUCUGCAGCUCAGCGUGUGCAGCACAUAGGAGCAGCUGGUCAAGGCUCCAUUCCAUAUGCAGAGCCUGUGAUAUCUCAGGGCGAGCUCUGAAACUGCCAUGGUGCGGGAGCCUCUCCUUGUGGUCUUGGGGCCUGGGCUAUAUGGGCUGGGCCUUCUAGAGUGUCUCCCUGCAUAAGUCAUGUCUGGCCCAGGUGACUUUGGAGCUAUGAUCUGUGCAGAACGCUAUAGCCCCUGCUGUCUCCUCUCUGACGCCCUCUUCCCUACUUGGCUGAUCUUUGGUGAUGACACCAAGAGUGGUGAUGGGCAUGGCACAGACUUUGGCCACACAUACUUUAUGGAUGCUCUGGUCAUGUGGCAGAGAAUGGUCCCCCGGCCUGUGCAACCAACAUCACCUCCCAGAAGGCUGACCCUUGCCUGAGGUUUCCCCUUCCAGUGGCUUUGAUUGGCCUGGCAUAACCAGAAGGGGGAAAGAAUCAUGUCUUAUGCAGGUUGUGGACAUUUUAUAGGGUCCUGCUAAGCUGGUUGAAACUAUUUUAUGUUUCAAGAAUUAGGAGGCAUGGAAAAGAAAGAACAGAGUCCUUCCUCUCUAGCUGAUUUCCUUCCAGUGUUCUCCAGCAAGUUCCUUUAAGUGACCUGAAAUUUAUUUUUACUGAGCACACAUUAAUAUGGCUAUAGUUAGGGCUUCUUCCUGGCCCAUUCUGUGGCAGACCUGCCUUUGUAGGGUUGAUUUUGUUUUCCCUGGCAUUGGUUCAGUGUACACGUAGCCCAUGCAUUGUAAUCUCUCGCAUGUCUCUGACCCAGGACUUACUUCCUCCUUUUCAAGGACCCUGGCAGAUUUUAGACUUCACCACUGUGUCCUCCUGGUGACUCCCUCCUGGAGCCCCACAGGGGCCCCUAGUUACUACUGCAGGUAGUAACUAGUGUCUAGUGUCCAGACUUUUCCAAAAUAGCGCCAUCUUGCCUUCGCAGUUUGAGGAGGUUGAUUCCAGCUCACAGAUCACCAACUAACCAUAUCUGGCAUGGCGCUAGGCAGGUGAGACGCACUGUCUCUGCUCACCCAGCAUGAACCCUUUCUCUUCCCUACCUGAACCUUUCCUCUUCUCCCACUCCCUGGUGGCCCCCAAAGCCAGCCUAAGCUCUCCGCCGACUUUUCUUCCCAUCUGCAGCGACCCAGAGGGAAGAGAAGCCCCCUGUUAGAUCUUGCCUCAGGCGGGGGGGGGUAGGGGGGUCUCCCCUAGAUUUCAUUUGUGCCAAAAAGAAAUACAUAUACUGGGGUGAAAAGUCACUAGAUCUUACCUCUACAACACUCUUAAAUCUCACCAAGCCAUGUGGCCGCCCCUGACUACAGUAGAGGGAGAGGUGAGGACAGUGGUUCUAGACAUCAGCUUCUUUCCUUUGCCUCCCUGACUUUAACUGGCUUCUCUCCUGCAAAUCCUGACACUAUGUGCAGCCUCCUUCCCUGCAACUCUGAGAAAACAGCUCCUGGCUGUGGAGGGGCUAGGGGAGUGCACCGCUGAAUUAGCAGGUAGACCACAGUGUACAAUGGCCCUACCCUGGCUCAUGCUGUGCUUAGUACUGCGGCACAUUACUGAACUGAAGAAACCUCUCAGAUGUCUAGCCCACUGCAAGUCAGGACACCAGGCUGAGCAGAGGCAACUGCCAAUAUCCUCACACUCAGAGGGUUGAAGCCAUUGACACCAGUAACAAGCAUGGAAGCUAGCUGUAGCCUGGGGAUUUUAUCAGGGCAGUUGGCACCCUGAGCUGUGUCCUGUCCUCUGAUAGGAAUAUAACUUGAGACUAGGCUCUUAUAUACCCUAUCCUGUUCCAACCCUAGGCAGAGAUGGCUUGUAGGAAAAACUGCUUGCCACCAUUGUCACCCAGUGGCUGGCUGGCUCAUUAAGUAGCGGAGUGCACUGAUGAGUCUCCUUCAGUGAAGCCGACAGGAUUCUGGAGGAUUCUGGGGCUUUAGCAGCCAGACAGGUAGACAUGUUUGGUUGCCAUGAUUUAGGCAAGAAAGUGGUGAAUCUCUUUUCUCCUAGUCUAAGUGAAUUUUGUCUAUAAAAUAAUCUGGCAACUGCUAAAAGCUGGAGUUUUCAAAAGACCCAGCAGAGAAGCCCCCUGGCCCUCCAGCCUCUGCAUUUCAGUGUAGCUGAGAGGAGCGGGGUGAACCUGGGGCUUGGUUUGGGUGUGGGAAUGUGGGAGUGAUUAUGAUGAGACAAGUUUUUGUUUUUUUAAAGGAAAUCUUUCCCUAAUGUCUUCCCCUGAUCCAAUCCUUUGACUAAUUCAUCUUUCCUGCAUAUUAAGAUCACUUUUAUUGGUGUUGAGGAAGUUGGUGUCUGUCCUCACGUGUUUGGAAUGUGCAGUGAUAAACAUCACAUCUCUGGGUGUGGAGGCAAGUAGAGUUCACACAUCAGGUCGGGCGCUUGGCUUGCUCUGGGAGCCGGAGCCUUGGGCGUGGCAUCUGUUGGUCAGCAUACUGCCCCGCACCUGUUUCUCAGCAUGGGAGUGUUUCCUGUUCAUUCCAUGUGUUGGCCUCCUUGCUGGCUUAGAAAGUUUACUGACAUUGUUAGACCACCCCUAAAGUCUUUCAAGUCCGAAUCUCUGCAAGACCAAGCCAGGGAAGAGGGAAUGAGUACAACUACUUUUUAUCACAUUUCUGUCAGAUGCAUUCAUAAGAAAAUACCGCACUUUGUCUUAAAAACAAAUCUUUUUUAAGCUAAGAAACCCCACGAUCCACCUUUCCUAGGUGUGGCCCUGAUCUCCCAGUCAGUCCUAGGUCAGUCCAGUGUAGGAAGCACUACACCAGCCCGCCCCUUCUUCCUUGAUGGGAUCAUCGGCUGGCGCUGCAGCCAGGCCACAGAACUCAGUGCUGUUUGCUUUAAUAAUCGUUAAGCCAUAUCAUCUAAGGUUUCCGGCUUGUUUGAGAUGUGAAUUUGUCUUAUAGAUAUAAAUAUACAGUGUAUUAUAAAGCAGAAUGCCUGCCCUUCCUGAUUAUUUUUUGUACCAUAUUGUAAAUUAUAUUAUUUAUUCUUUACCAAUUUGGGGAAUAAGGUGUUUUGGUUAUUUAAUAUAAUAAAAGCUGUUAAACUUAUGUUUAAACUUC